UUCGUCUUCUUCCUUCUCUGCCAUGUAGUGUAGAGCUCGAUAUAGAACGCAGAACAAAACAGGUUUCGAAGCGAAAAAGAUGGAGCCUCUCUCUCCAGAACCUCCGCCGGUGACCCGAGCCCCCCCACCCCCCAUUGACGUCUCUACCCCUCUCUCGAGUAUUCCUUCUCCAGCAAAUCUGCUUCCACCUUCCUUGUCCUCAACCCAAAACCUUUCUGAACUGAAAUCUUUCAAAGAUACUCUAAUUGAUGGUAAUGCUACUAUUUCACAGCCUCUGGUCACCUAUGAAGAACUUGUGGCUGCAAAUCAGACCUUAGAACCUCCUGCACCAAUGUUGGAAGAUGGUGAUGCCCCUACCCAGGUGAAAGUUCCUAAGGUUAGGAUUCCUAAGGAGAUCUGGCAACGCCUUUGCACUCCGUGGAAGAAUGCAGUAAUCAUUAAACUUCUGGGGAAAUCCAUUAACUUCCAUGUCCUACACGCCCGGUUACUCAAAGAAUGGCGAACGGAACAUGAAUUCGAAAUCAUUGAUCCAUGGGAGCCUGGGUUUCAUCCAGCGCGUGCUAAAGCGCCCAAAACUGCCGUAUGGGUCAAAUUGUUUGGCGUUCCCAUUCUUUGCUUUUAUGAAGCCAUCUGUAUGUAUCUUGGCAGCAAGAUCGGGAAGCCAAUCAAGGUUGAUCCCACUACUCUUCUCGCCACGAGAGGUCAAUAUGCUCGUGUUUGCGUCGAAGUUGAUUUGAGCCAACCUUUGCCUUCCUCUGUGGAUCUUGAUCUUGAGGAUCUGCCUCAAUCCUUGAUAUUAGUUGACUAUGAAGGUUUGCAUAAAAUAUGUUUUCAUUGUGGCGAAUUUGGUCAUAAAAUGGAAUUUUGUCGCUUCAAGAAUCCAGGGAAGCCUUCACCAGUUAGUAACCCAAAUGCCAAAACCAUGGUUGAGUUGACUCAAUCUCUCAAACCUGACCCUGUGGAUAACAACAUGGUUUUCGGUCCUUGGAUGGUGCAGCAAAAAAAACAACGUCGCCGCUCUCAACCUCACCGUUCGGCCGAGCAGUUGACUGGAGGUGACGGUUCUUCUCAACCGUUAAACACGGGAAAUUCGAAUUCAGUGCCUUCAACCUCGGCUAAAGUUGUGGGCUUGGAUAGACGUGCAAAAUCAAGUGCACCCACUAAAUCACGCACUAACAGAUUUGAGGUUAUUGCGGAGAUUAUGGAGGAGGAUUCAAAUUUGCAUAUUUCUAAUAAAGGAAAGGAUACUAGCAUGGAGGGAUCUGCUCCGCAGGAUAUGACUCAACCAUUGAUUACCUCCCCUAUGGAUAUUACUUUAUUGCCAGAUCACACAGCUCCACAGGAUGUGGACGCCAAAGCCCGAGUAGGCCAGCCUGCACCUACUACCAUCAACUCUCCUGAGCUUGCCUUAGCUGUUAUAACGUGGAAUAGUCGAGGGGUUCAGCAUGGCCCGUUCCGACGAGAAUGCAAAGAAUUGUUGAAGAUGCAUAAGCCAGAUGUCAUUUGCUUCUUGGAAACAAAAGCCGACGAUAGUGUUAAAGCUCUUGAAUUCAUGAAGCAAUUUAGGUUUGACCAACAGUUUCGAGUUCCUUCUCAAGGACGUGCAGGGGGCCUUUGGCUAUUUUGGAAAUCAUCUUCUAUUUAUUUGGAAGUCCUGGAUAUAAAUACUCAAUUUAUCCAUUGUUCUCUUUCCCAACAUCACAUUUCCUUUAUCAUUACGUUUGCUUAUGUACAACCACAUGGAGAAAUGAAAAGUAUUUUUUGGGAUAAGUUUAUUCAAUUAGCUCCUACCAUUUCUGGAAGUUGGAUAGCUAUGGGUGACUUCAAUGAUAUUGCAUCAGCGGGUGAAGCUUCUCCGCGAGCUGGAAGCCGCUUUGUUCGAGCACAAAGAUUUCGGGAUCGACUUGCUCAGUGUGGCUUACACUCAAAAGAGUCCCUUGGGUGUGCUUUUACUUGGGUUCGGAAGAUAAAUGGCAGAGUAUCUCUGCGAGAAAAGCUCGACCGUGCCCUCUUUAAUUUGUCUGCUUUGGAGGCAUACCCAGAGGCCAAGAUUAUAAACCGUCCUCGUCUUUGUAGUGAUCACCACCCUGUUAUGCUUUGUGUAGAUACUUCUUCUCCAGUGAACCGCAAUGCAAAGCCAAUGAGAUUUGAAGCAGCUUGGUUGACUUAUGAAAACUUUGGGACAGUUUUCUCAGAAGCUUGGUCAGCUCAUAGUCUUUCCUUACCAGAUGCUAUCAGUUCUGUUCGUGAGACUUGUAUUCAAUGGAAUCGCGAUGUUUUUGGUGAUAUAUUUAAAAAAAAAAAGGCACUUACAAGCUCGGUUGGCAGGAAUCCAAAAUUCCCAAUACUAUGCAAUUUCUCAUUUUUUGCAAAACUUGGAAGUUGAAUUGCUUGACGAAUAUCAUCGAGCUCUCCAUGCUGAGGUACUUUUCUGGUGUCAAAAAUCUCGUCAGGAUUGGAUUGCUUCUGGAGACAGAAAUACAAAUUUCUAUCAUGCCUCCACAAUCAUUCGAAGGGGUAGGAAUAAAAUUUCUGCUUUAAA